UAAAAUUCAGUGGCCACAAACGCGAAACUCACAUACACACAUAACUACUUCAUAAAGGAGAAAUUAUGCGUCAGCUUUUGAAAUAAUUUAUUUAGAAUUUUUGCGGUUGGCAAUUAUUAGUUGGAUUUUUUUUCAACUCAACAACAACAACAGCGUGCACGCUUCGAAAUAGCUGAAGCGCAACCGUUGUCAACCAGAGUACAGUGAGUUCGUUAGAGAAGCGGAGAAUAAGUGUUAACAUAAAAAUAAAAAAUAGAAAAUAGCAGUAGUUGUUGUAAAAUUCAAUAAAGAAAUUAAUAUUAAAAUUAGCUUGUGUAAAAGUUGUGUGAGAAAAUUUUAUGAACUCAAAGUGCAUACAGUUUGCAAAAUAAUAAUAAAAUCGGCAAAAUUUUAUAAAUUCAAAAAUUAUUUUUCACAAAAGUGUAAAAAAUCUCAAUGAAAACGGAGUCGUUGGAUUUUCAUAGUAUGGAUCUCAAUAUGGAUAUACUACCGAGCGGGAAUAUAUUCAGCGAAUUGGAGCACGUCUGCACCACUGGCUACUUCUCAUCACAACCAUCUAUUGAGGAUCAAUGGCAACAGACUUGGUACGAAUUGGAACGAUAUCUUCGCGAUGAACCCAAGUUGCAGUCCUACAAGAAGAUUCAUGAACUCGACACAGCAUGGGAUCUGCUAUCGGCGCCGGCGCGCAUCUUCGAGGAACUCAAAAUCAAAGAACAAAACCUCGACUCAGUUUCCACAACGUCUUCAGUGUCCUCGACAUGCUCUGGCAUGUCAUGGGAUAGCAGCGGCACGCAGGCCCUGAGUUGUUCGGUGGUAGUCAAACAGGAGCGCAUCGAUGACGACGACGAUGAGCUGCACUCAGAUAGCUGCGAGGAGAAGUACACCGCUUCUGCGUUGGCCACUUCAUUGGGCAAUGCCGCCGCCACUUCGCUAGCGUACUCGCCGUGCGGCUCCGCAUCGAGCACGCCGACGCCGAUUGUUGGCACCAUCAAUUCGGCCCAAAUUGGUACGAGCUUAUCGACGGUGUCGGAGAAGGGUAUCAAAUUGCGUGUGAUCGCUACAAAGGCGCACAAUAAGGGCGUUAGCAGUCGUGCCAAUAGCAUUAAUGUGAGCAUCAGUAGUGGCCAUAACAGCAACAAUCAAAGCAGCAACAAUCAAAGCAGCAACAACAGCAACGGUGGCGGCAGCAGUAGUAGUAGUAGCCCGCAGGAUUAUAUGUUGCCGACCUUAACGCCGCCAUCGUCACCCGAAUCGAUACGAACCAGCAUCACAAACAAUACGCAGCAACAGCAACAGAGGCAGCAGCAACAAAUCGAUGCUGGUACUAUGAGUGCUACUGAACUGGCUACACUUAUACAACAGCAACAGCAGCAGCAGCAGCAACAGCAACAGCGCAUCGGUCAGUCGCAAUAUUCCGCUGCAACGCCAACUUCUACCGCCAUACUACGCUUCUCCAGCGCCGUUACGACACUGGUCAAUAGCAGUAAGAAUCCUACUCUGACGUCGACUACAGUUCCUCUAUUACAACAGCAACAGCAAAACCUGCAGCAGCAACAACAACAAAAGUCGCACAUAAGCAUACAAACUGCCAGCGCCGGCACAAACACCGAGCCGCAUCCGCCGUCAGCAGCCCAGUCACAGCCAUCAACAUUGUCUUCGUCGUCAGCCUCGUCUACGGUCCACUCCAACAUUCCGCGCAGCACCAUCGUUCGUCUGACAUCGGCGAAUGGCACAAAGAGUGGAGCCAUUAGUUUGGCGCGUGUCAUACAAAUGCAGAACAGCGGCAGCGGAAGUGUGGCAGCAGCGAUGUUGAAUGCGUCAGCCACAUCCAAACAGCAGCAACAACAAAUGCAACAACAUGUGAUGAAUAUGGCGGUGACAGCAGCGCAGAUCGCCCAGCGCGGCACACAGCUGCAAAAUCCCCAAGUAACCACAUUGACUACCAAGACCCACCAGCGACACGAUCACAGUCCAGAUGCCAAGCGUCGGAUACACAAGUGCCAAUUUUUGGGUUGCAAAAAAGUAUAUACCAAAAGCUCACAUCUCAAAGCACAUCAAAGAACGCAUACCGGCGAAAAACCGUACAAAUGCUCCUGGGAGGGGUGUGAAUGGCGCUUCGCACGCAGCGACGAGUUGACGCGUCAUUACCGCAAGCACACGGGCGCCAAACCUUUCAAAUGCCGCAACUGCGAUCGCUGCUUCUCGAGAUCGGACCACUUGGCGUUGCAUAUGAAGCGCCACAUGUAAAAACAAUUUACAACAAACAAAAAAUUAAGCAACAACUGAGUAAACAUGACGCAUGAAGUGAGCAAACUGAAAAUGCAUCGUCAAAAAACAGCAAAAGUGCAAAUGUAUUGAGACUAGCUGAGAAGCAGUACAUAUGUAGCAGAUUAACUAGUUUAAAGCAAAAAAGUAUAAAUCAUAAAAAAAAGCAUACACACUAAAAUUAGUCGUUGACAAGUAUAAGCAUUAAGCGAAAACACACAAAAUGAAAAAAAUAGAUCCUUAUAUAUUAUAAAAAUAAUAAAAAAAAAUAAUGAUAUUGUGCCAUCAACACGCAAAACAUGCAAAAUUAAACAGCUUAGAAAUUUAAAAUUAGUUUUAGAAGAAAACGCACACACACAACACACUGAGAAAUUCAGCUAACUAAAUUGCAUUUGAGUAAACGCGACGCGCAAGACACACAACUAAAUUUGUUACGUAAAUUAUGAAGAAUGUUAAUUUUUGUAACUCACUGUUAAGUUUAGGCUAAUUCUGGACAAAUAGUAUUUCUCUUUUUGCUUGUGUCUGUUAGGAAGAAGCAACAUACAGAUUAGUGAGAAACCUUGCGUUGACAUUGCAACAGCAAAAAAACGAAAUUCAGGUGUGCGACGCCAAUAAUGCUGCUUUAAUUCACGCAUACAAUUAAAUUUAGUGACAACACAAACAAACAAUUUAACAAAAUAAUACAAUUCUUUAAGAGCUUAAACAUAAUUUUCGCCUUUUAGUCGUAAUUGUAUUUCGUUUUCUUAUAAAAUAAUAAAUUUUUAUUUGAAAAAAAAAUAUUUAAGUGCUUAAAAGCUCUACCGCGUGAAGCUCGAUGAAAGCUCUUGCGUAUUGAGUACACAGAACAAAUGAUGAAUUUUACCAAAGUAAAGCAAUUUUUUAUUAGUACUAUUAUUGCAAUUACCAUUAAAAAUUAAACAUAAUUAUUGUAACUAAAAUUUAUCCUUACUUAGAUUUAUUGUCUUUGUUGCGCUUGGUUUAUAAGUUGAAAGCGCGAAGCAAAACAUAUUUAACUAUUAACUUGGUAUUAUAAAUUAGUGUAUUUAAUUAAAUAAAAUGUACUUUCUGCUAGGUCUUUCGCCGGGUAUUAUUAAAAGCUAACUGUAUAUAGAAGCGUAUCAUAGCGAGUGCAGGGCACGAUCUGCGCUAGUACUGUUCACUGUUUAUAUUUAGGAAAAUGUAAGAAUGCUUUGCACGCUGCUUUAGUUAAUAAGUGGGAAGGACAUGAGGAAAAUGGCAAGAGAAAUUAAAACUAUUUGUAUGCGAUGGUUUGGCGAUGAAAAGAUUUGAAAGUGUGUGCGAAUUCUGAGCUUACACUUUUUUAUAUUUUAAAAGCAUUAAGCUGAUAAGUUUUAAAGAUCUUUUGUUGUAAGGAAAAGUAUUUCAGAUAUUUCCUUGUUCACAAAAACAUUUUAAUGAGACCACCAGUUAUUUUAUUAACUUAUUUCAAAAUAUACUUAACUGAAAAAUUUUCGUAGAACGUUCUUAAGCCAUAUUGGCUCAUACGGUAAAGUCAUGCAUCACAAAAGAUAACUUUAAACCACUUCAAGGUUUCGUGAAACGCAUAUUUAACUCUAAAACGUGUUAGAAAAUCAAUAAAAUGAAAGCUACGUGCAAGUUCUCAAAAAUCGUAAAAUAAAAAUUGAAAAGGUUUUCAAUAAUGAGAUAUAAGGCACACAUAUCAAUAUGUGAAAGUUCAGCUUAGAUCAGCAAAUGUUUUGAAAAAAAGCUUUUAUACAGUUCAAAUGAACCUUCCCUUAUAAGAUUCAUGAGUCUUUGAAGAUGAAUUCUUUUUCAGUACAUUUAGUGUGAAUACUAAUAAAAAUUAAAAAAAAUUUUACUUAAGUUUAAAAACUGCAUCCAACUUAGAAGCUCGCACACGCCUCCAAAGCUCUUCUUCGCCACUUUCGUGUAUGAUAUAUUAUCCCAAAGCGUAAGCUUAAGAUAUUUUGUAUAAUUUUUUGUGUGAGUAGCAAAAUCACUGCCAAAAAUUAAAAGAACCUACAUUUAACUGCAUUAAAAUAAUUAUAUAAGCUUAGUGUCGAUGUUUGAUGUUUGAAUGAUAAAAAAAUGUAAAAAAAAAAAUAUACAUUAAAAAGUUCAAAUUGUCAUAGGCUGAGAUGCGUUAGAUAUAGAAAAGAACAAAAAAAAAACAAAAACAAGAAGAGAAAAACACAUUUUUAUAUUUAACUUUAGUUUAUAGAUAUUUUCUUUCGUCUACUUAUUUUAAUGUUCUUGUAACUACAACAACAAAAGUGCAAAUAUUGUUUAAAACAAAGUAAAGAAAAUGUAGCAAGUGAAUGAACGAAAAAUUCACAGCCACGUGAUUACUGUUUCAUAUACGUAACUGUUUAUUUUAGUUAGACUAAAUUCGAUUUAAAGAGACAUCUUCAAGAAAUGGCCUUUUCGUAUUAAAUACCUUAAGUUUCGUAAUGCUUACAACUCACUUUAAGUCUAAAAUAAUAAUUUGUUGUAUAAGAACUGUUGAAAAUUUCAAAACAUAAGUCGGGAAAACCAUAUGCCUUUAAAUACCUUCCGAAGAGUUAAGAAAACAAAGAGAGCAAUCGUUGAUAAUUCUGUAAUGCUUUCCGUGAAGAAAGCACUGAGGUACCACGAGACGCUUGCGAAAACCACGCAUGUCCUUAUGACAAAAUACCAAAAUGUUGCGCCACAUCUCUAGCAUCUCAAUUUCUUAUAAACGUUGCCUACUUUUGUGCGCAAGUGUUUUAAUUAUCAGUCUAUAAGCUUCAAAAAUGCUUUCUAAAGCUCUCGUGAUGUCUCGUAAUUCGUUUGCUUCAAAAAUUACACUUCCAGCACGGUCCGUGGAAAUUAAAUUUUAUGUGGCACUAUUUCAUAAGUAAACAAAGUGGCAUAAUCAUAUUGAAACUAAUAACACGAUCAGCGGUUUCCUUCUUUUUCGUCUACUCUCUUUAUAUAAAUGGAGAAAACACUGAUAUUAUUUUUUUGUUUCUGUUUUUCGCUAUUACCGAAUGGAUAUCAAGUGUGAAACUAUGCGAUAAUUGUAAAAUUUUAUAUCACAUUAUAGUAUUUUGU